AUGACCCCCCCCCCCCAGGCCACGCCCAUAGACGGGCGGGCCCGCAUUAUUCAGCCAAUGGGGAGCGGCGGAGCAGGGGAGGCGGGGAUUGGGGGGGAGGAGGGGAGGGGGAGCAACAGCCAAUGGGGAGCGGAGGGGGCGCGGCCUGAGGUGCGGGAAGGGGCGGGCAAUGAAUGGGGCGUGGAGAGAGGCGGGGCCUGGAAGGAAACGAAACUGGGCGGGGCCUGUGCGGGCAUUAAUGGGGCGUGGGAAAGGGGCGGGGCCAUCAAUGGGAGGAGCUCUGGCCGCAGCCUCCGGGUGGGGACCAGGAUGGAGCUCAAGGUGGGAACCCCAAAACCCUGGGGUCGCCCCCAGCAGGUGUCCCCCCCUGCCCUCCCUCCCGAGGUGGCCCCGGCGGUGGCCGCACAGCACUGGGCCCUGGCGGCCCUGGUGGCCCUGGCCGAGGCCUUGGGGACACCGGACAGCAUCCCCACGGCACUGGCUGAGGCCGAGGCUGCACUGAGAGAGGCCCGGGUGGCCCGGGAGGGGCUGGAGAGGGCCCGGGAGGCCACCGUGGCCCCGGCGGUGGCCCUGGGGACCCUGGGGGACGAGGACAAGCAGUGGCUGAGGCAGGUCGGGGCCAUGGCCGAGGCGGCAGCGGCGACACUGGAACGCGAGGAGGGACGGGCAUGGCGGUGCCAGCGCUGGCUGCGGGCUGGGCACGGGCUGACCAUGGGGCUGAUGGUGCUGUGUGGGAUUGUGUUGUCCCUGGACUCAGCCCGCGCCGCCCUGGGGGUGGCUGAGGACAGUCACCUGCUGCUGGCCCUGGCCAUGGUGGCCGUGUCCUGCGAGGUGGCCUGGCGGGGCUUGGAGACAUCGCGGCGUCACCUGGCCACUGCUGCGGGCCACCAGCGGGACAUGGCCCUGCGCCUGUGGGAUCGCGCCCGGCGGGUGGCGGCCGCCAGGGCCAGCGCCGAGGCCACCGCGGCCACCAACGAGCUCACCGCGGAUGUGCUGGGGCGGCUGGAGGAGGUGACGCGGGCGCUGAAGAAGUUGGUGGCCGCUGUCACCCGGGACAGGGAGGUGACACCGUGGGGGACACGGGGACAGGGCUUCCCCAGCGCUGCCCGGGUGCUCGGGGACAUCGUGGAGGACUUUGCGACCUCGGGGGAGGGGCAUGAGGAGGUGACGCGGAGGCUGGAGGUGGCCCAGCGGGCACUGGCGGGGCAGGGGUAGGGACAGGGUGGGGACACAGGGGUGGCACUGUCACCGCCGGGGCACGGGGACACCCCGAGGGACAUUGGGGACCUUGGUGCCACCCCCGUGUCCUUCCCUUGGGGACACCGGGGCCACCCUGACGUCCCCUGUCCCGUUUUGGGUCACCACGAUGUCCCUAAAGUGUCCCCAACAGGACCCGGUGUGUCCCCAGUGUCCCCAACGGGACAUGAAGGGACAUUGGGCUCCUGUUGGGGACAUUGGGACCCGUUGGGGACAUGG